AUGUUGAGAUGGCGACCUCAUCACAGCCUGUUCAAAAAGACCAACCGCCGGCCGCAUCAACGACCGGCUCCUCUAAUGGUCUCUUCAUCGGGAAGAGGUAUUAUGGAUGUUGAGGACGCGACAGAUGACCACACCCCAAUAGAUCUCACAGAUUGGGCCAAGCGCUGCUGCCGGCAAUUCCUUCUAGACAUUAUGCAGCGUCGGACAGAAAGGGAUAUAAGGAUCUUGACUCAGCCAAGCAACGAUUUGAAGCAUUUUAUUAUGCAGAAGAUGAAAGACCGAGAUCGGAAAGAGGGCAAUGAUGCCCCUUCCUUGAAUCGUGCAAAUGGGGUGCAUGAUGACAAUCCAUCUACAUCGCCGUGGAGAUACGCGCGCAGCGAGGCCGAUAGCGAUUCAACAUCAAUUUCGUGGGCCUCUGUGAGCUCGCAGACAUCAACAACCUCGUUGGCAUCCCAGAUGUCCGAUUCUUUCCUCAAUGAUGUGCAGCAGAGUGUGAACCUUCUGCUCCAGAGUCUCCGAGAAGGGGAGAAGCGGUUGUCAUCUAUCGAAACAAGCAACAUACUUCGCAGCUUUUUGGACCAGUGGAGAUAUCGCUCCUCGAAAUUUCCAGAUCCAGAGAGAGCCGCGGAGCUCAAUAACGCUAUUACCAGUAUCAGAAUCGCCAUUGAAGAUUAUAAAGAUGACAUACCUUCCACCGGCUUUCCGGACGUUGGUCUCAAGCUUAACGCCUGUGAACAAACGUUCCGAGACACAGUGCUGAAGUACCUGGGUACGGUGAAGGGAGAAAAGGAGCUUACAAACAUAAGGAAGGCGCUGAAUCGACCUAAAGAAUGGGAGCACUGGCACGAGGAUUACCCAAGCUUGACAUCGACGACUAAAGGUAUAGCAACCGACGUGCAGCAGGCGCUUCAAAGUGCUGUAGAAGCCCGAGAUGCAUAUCUAAGAGCGGCCUACAGCGUAAUCCCAGAAGUCAUACAGAUGUAUGCUGAGAGCAAUGGAUGCCGGGCUAAAUAUAAUAAGGGUGGGGUACUAUUUUUGCCGCUUGAUGCUUAGGCGUGUGAUCUGGAG